AAAAUAACAUGGAUUAAAGAAGGUCGAAGGAACAAUUCGUGCGAUAGAAGCAUCUUUUAGACUCGGAUACUUCCUCUUUCUAAAAUCAACUGGAUGACUCGGGGCCUAAAAAUACAAACUUGGUAACCACUGAAUAAUUUAUAUUUUAUUCAUUGAAAUAAUUUAAACACAAUGAGGUCAUUUUGUUUUCCUUCAUAAUAAUUUCCUUCACAAUAAUUGUUAUAAGGUAUCUUUUAAGAUAUUCGCUUGUGUUUCAAAAGCAACACCAACGCUUCUUCGAAAUUACGUCAGGCUGGGUGGGAUGAUUAAUAGUUACCAACCUUUUGGUGGUAUAGAAUUUAAAAAUGGCUUUUGAAACGUGUUGAGAAAAUAAAACCGUUAGGAUCAUUAUUAAACGCUCAGGCUACAGUGCCGGACAAAGAUGAUCGAGAUUUUAGCAAAAACACUAAAUUUUUUUCAAAAAGGUAAAAAAACCUGCCCCAGCCCUAGUCUCUACCGUUCAAAUUUGAAGAUAAUUGAAUUUGACUUCGAUGCUGUGGCUACAAGCCCACAUUGAAUUAGGGAUAUGGGAGUAAGGUAGUUUCUGUUCCAAUUAUUUUCUAGCAUUUUCAAAUUAUAGAAGUUUGUUUCGACACUUAUCAUAACUUAACUUAACGUGGGUAUUUACUUCUGUAUAACACUUAACAUAACAAAAUUGGAGAUGUAAACAGAAAAAGCAACUGCCUGGUCCAGAGUCACCUUGGGGACGAAAAAGGAUAAAGUGUGACGCGUGCAACGAUUCAAGCGAGAGAAAUCUCUGGUUUGAACUUCCUUCCGCGAAUAUGACGUCUGCUAAAAGUUUACUGAAAUUUUUAAGUCUAACAGGUUUCGCUGUGGUGUCAGUUUUCUAGUGGAUUGACAAUACUAUCGCAGUUUCCAACACGGGAAAGCACUCUGGCAUCCUAAAAUUCUUUGUCAACUUUCCCUUCGUCAGUCACCAUAACUGAUUCUUCUCCCUUUCAAGAUAAUGUAAGUACUCUUAUGGCAUCCCCACAAGGAUGUUCAAUUCACUCCUCAAGCUUCAGAAAUCCUAGUUAUAAAGAAACAAACAAUUUAGAAAACCAGUGAGACAGAAUUUUUCGGCUUUUUUUUUGCCCAUCUACGACACAAACGGCAAUGAAAUGCUUCCUGAAAAACGAUUACAAUGAAACGUCGGGUUAUAUAUCUUUACAUUGUUAGCUGGCAUCAGCAGAAUCGUUUGGCGAUCGACAAUAAAACAAUCGGAGGUUAGUUGAAACAAAGGGGAUAUAGUAUAGUUACGAGAAGGGUCGUGUUGCGCACAUGCUCAAGUGAAGGCGGAAGUUUACGAAAUAGCAACGUUGACAAUAUGGCAACCAGCGCUGGUGUUUAAAAGCAGACAAGUUGCUCGAAACCAAGGAUUCCGCUAUUGCAAUGUGUCUCGUGUGUUUGCCACCAGCGACCGGUAAAGCGAACCGCAGUUAUAUUCAUAAAUUUUAAACUGUGAAGGAAUCAAUAACUGACGCCUUGUAACGGCCUAGGCACUGCCUCGAUCAAUAGAUAUUGAGGAGUUUGAUUUUCAGCACUGCAUAUAGAAUCAUGGCUCCAGAAGGUGAACCAGAGCCUAAAGGCGAGUUUUCAACGCCGGGACCCAAGCCAGAGACUUUGAUUUUCAGCACUGCAUAUAAGAUCUUGUCUCCAGAAGGUGAACCAGAACCUGAAGGCGAGUAUUCAACUCCAGAACCCAAGCCAGAGAAAGCUCCUUGGGGAGAACCAGUGCCAGAAUGGAAUAUAGCAAAGAUGAAAUGGGGUUAUGCCUGGGAGGGACACUGGAUUGGCAUGGCGGUGCUUUUUGGAAUACUAACCGUAAUAGCGGUAUUGUGCUUGCGGAGAAUUUUCGUCAAGAAAAGGAAGCGCCAAGUAAUGGCAAAGUUUGCAAUAACAGUUACUGCGAUUAUAGCAGUUUUCACAACUGCGAGGUUUUUGUACUUAAUAAUAAACCCAUACGAAUCGGAUUAUUGCAUGUUUGGAAAUGCGAAACACUGUCCACUGUUCGUAAACAGACUUUUAUUCAGCAUUGGAUUGCCAAGCCUUUUGUCAGCGUAUCUCCUACUGCAUCUUGCCCUACGUGAUGUGAUGAAGUUCAAAAAAGUUGGAAAGUUUACAAAGCUGCAGAAAUGGUGGUUUUUAUGUGGGCUUGUCCUUUUGAAUUAUGUUUUUGCCAUAACAGCAGACAUGGUUGUUGCUUACAAUACAUCGACUGGGAUAUUCCUCGCCCUUUGUCAAGGGUACUUUAUCGUAUUUAGCGCUGUACUUGUUUUUGCGUUUGCGUACUCUGGCUUUCAAAUGUAUCGCACCGACAAGAAAAACAAGAAAGAAAUGUUUCGCCUCAGCCGAAAAAACAACUCCAAUGUCGAUAAUCUAUCGCGAAAAAGUGGUCGUAACUUUAUUGCGAAAGUAUUGCGGCUAUCUUUUAUAACUUCCCUGCUUGGUCUUGUUCUGAUGGCGUUACAGAUUUACGCACUGGCGUUCGUCUACGUAGAAGCAUCUACUGGUAAAAAACCGGAACCAUGGGCUUGGCUAACCUACCAGUACGCCUAUCGCUUUGUAGAAGUUGCCUUUGCAGCUUGCAUUCUGUACAACAUCUCUUACAUACCGAAGCGUAAAUCAGCUCCUCAAGGCACUGUGAGUAACAAAUCCACCAACAGUCAUUAUCGACUCAGUGAGCGAAACUGCGACAGUCUCAGCAAAGAGGUGAACACAGUUUAAUUGGGGCUGUUUGAGGGGACAUUCCAACAAGUUCCUCUUUGCGUCUUUAAAUCCACCCGCCGGGUAUGAUUGCCCAUUACCCCUGCAGAACCGAGCGGUGUACCACUCCUUCCAAACUACGUACGCUAUUAUUUAGAACAAUAUAAUUUUUGGGUUAAGAGGAUCUUUCUCGAAAACAAAAUGACUUUUGCUAAAGGCGUAUGAGAUUUACGUGGAGAACCACACUGUCCAUCAGAGCUAUAUUGAUUUCAACAUAAUCAAAGAUAACAUCAAGAUAUCUAAGGAGAAACAUUUGUCAAAUCUUAAAACAAACUGCUGUAUAACAAUCCAGUUUAUUUCUAUUAUUUCAAAGUCAUCGGAUGAUUGAAAGUAAAAGAAAAGUGUGAGUGUAAUUAAAAAUAGUAAGAGUGUGAAUGUAAUCAUAUGAAUAAAGUGUAUCAAUGUUAAUACGGGGAGUGGUUUUGUUCAUUAUAAAUAUCAAAUCUGAAAAAUGUUGCAUUUCUGAUCACACGGCCUUAAAAUUAGCACAGAAUUUCUCAUAACAAAAAUUUAAUAACUCGCAAUGCUGAAAUUUUCUUAAUUUUUAUUAUGAUUGAGGCACAAAGCUUUUAAAAUAUUUAUUUAAUUUUUGGGUAUCAAGAAUCGUAACAGUGCAGCAAUCCAAUCACAUGCGAAAUUGCUGUUAAGUGUCAAGUUUCCCAGUAACGCUGGGAAAUUAUUGUUUAGUUUGCGUGACCAGGGCCGUCGAGGGGUUGCGAAGGCCCUGGGGUAAAACCGAAAGACGAGGCCCCCUUAGAGCGGAGCGAGAAGAAAAUUUUUGCAAACACGCCCGUCAGAUAAGCUUUUAACAAUUCAGAAAUACUUUCGCUACAUUCUUAAAUAAUUACUUGUACGAGGCACCCUAGAUUUAGAGGCCAUGGGGGAAUACAGAAAGACUACAGUGCUAUUUCCUUCUCUUAAUCGCAAAUAAAAUGUGAAAAGUUCAUUUUUCUUACAAAAGAUGUAAUACAAGAAAACUAUGCCUUCAACAACCCUACAGUCACAAGAAAAACAUGCUAGUUUAGUUAAAGUAUUGUUAAUCACAGAAAUUUUCAUGUAAAGGUGUAACAAUUGUAACUGACUGUUGCCUUGGCGAUUAUAGAACGCGGUAAAAAAUUCUAAGCAAGUUAAUCAAAAGGCAAAUUGCCUUGUAUAAACCAUUUUCCUAGAAAUAGAAAACUAGGGGAUUGUAAACAGCAAAUCUGCGUGCUCCUCUUCCAUUUCGAUAAAGUUAUCAAAUUAGGUUUUGCCGCCGGGGAAAUUUCUCUUGCACCCUAUAAAAAGGUUUGAGCCUAUAUUGCCCUCGAGUGCAAAAUGUUUGCCCAAUUUCGCGUUAGGUAUGGGCAUAAAAAAGCCUGAUUUUGUCAGGGCAGCCCCUGAUGGUUGCUUGAUUCAACCCUUACAUGACCACAGCCUGUGUUUUUUGGCGAUUUUUACAGCACGUUUGAUUCUUACGGUUCGCAUCGUUGCUAUUUCCGCAAAUGUUUAUUCUUUCUGCGAUAGGAAUGAAUUCAAACAAGCUUUAAAGCUAGUUUGCUUCAAACUUGUCAGGUCAAUAUUCACUAGGACUUGAAUACUUUUUAGAAAAAACGGUUUCUUGCGCAAUGAAAGAAGUAAUACUUAGGAAAACAAGCACCUGUUUUUACUGCUUGUGCAGAUCUUUACUCAAAAAAAAACUAAUUGAAAGCUAAUUUAGAGCAGCAAAACACAGUAAAAGUCCGCAUCUAAUAAACAAACUUAAAGCAAACCAAGAAUGACUUUUUCAAAGUUAUGUAUCAAAAUAUAAGAAACCGUUGAGCCAGGUUUUUUCCGAGUUUCUUAUACGUUGUUCUAGAACAAAAGCUCGUGAAAGAAAAUAUGCGUAAGAAAGUUUUCAAAAAAAUCAUUAUUAUAAGAAACUGGUAAACUUUUUUUCAAAAUUUAUUCUGUUUACAAGAAUUUGUACAAUUAUGAUACAAAAAAUGAAGUUCCUGCUAUGCAAGUGUUUACCGUAAUCAGAGAGAUCUUUAUGCUGUUGGCGUUAUGUUUAUGAUGAUGAUGAUGGUCAUGAUAUCACCGUAAUUAUGAUUAUGAUUAUGGUUUAAAUUUCGUCUGGAACCUGUCUACCCUGUUUUAAUUAACUGCAAUCGCUUCGAAAGGAAAGUCAUCCAUGGUUGCCCUUUCUAAAGCAUCUUUAUAAUCUUAUUUCAUUAAUGUUUCGUUAUUGCUUCCACAAUGAUAAGUUUAAUUUUUGGUAAAAAAAGAGUUGCCACAGAUGUUAAACAACACAGUUUUGAAACAAGUGUUGCCUGGAGAUGCUUCAUAAAAACCAAUUGUACGCUUGCCAAUGUUUAUAACAAAACUUAAUCCUGGAACAAGAACAUUCGCCUCGCCAACUUAAUUAUAGUUGCAAAGAAUUACAUGUACAAAAAAGCACAGCCUGCCAAUAAAUGGAGAGGGAUUUCGAAAGAUAAUAACUUCAACAACAAGAUCUUUGGAUAUUUUUCAUAUGAACCAUGAUUCGUUUCUGAUUAGGAAACGCAUUGACAGAUCAUAGUAU